AUGGAAGAUCGCAGCACUAUACAGCCCGGUAAAUCGGUCUCUUUAGAGUCGCUUGCCACGGAAUCUUUGAUUUCGCGAUCUACGGAUGGGCUUUUUGUUCAGCAUUCCGACCUCUUCGUGGAGAUAUGCGCAAGAUGGAUUGUUUCGGGGGCUGCGGCAGAAGCGAAAGUUGCAGCUUUUGGACGCAUACUCCCGUUUGCGCGUCACCUCGCAGAGCACCUGGAACGAUUUCUAGCCACCGUUUCUCGCUCACCGAUCAUUGGGACUCAGGCUUCGACAUUGGAUGACGAGGUACUACGGAGCAUAUUAGAGCUAGACUUGAGCGAGUGCCUCUUGGGGACUUUCCGCCUUCUUAGCUUCGACUGCCGGAGCUUCGCCAAAUUUGUGCGACCACUAGCACUGGAGCGUCUAUUCCACCAUUCAAAUCGAUGUAUGCGAUAUUUGGCUGUCCGCACUUUCUGCCUGUAUGUGCAUGCCGCCGAUCAUGCAACGCAAGAGAUGAUCAAGAGAUAUGUUGGGCAGGGUGAAAUCCAGGGCCAAUGGGAGGGCCAGAGCAUCGAUUACCGGUUCCUGUCACUAUGGGAGGAGAAGAGGUGGAAGGAUAUGCAGUCAAAACUCCAGCAGAGCGAGGUAGACGAGGCAGCGAAACCGCUCCCAGCGGCCCUAUACAACCAGCUUUCGCAAUACACGGUGAGCAUCAGCGGCAUUCUCUUGCCCCGGCUCGACGGGACUCCAUCCCGGGAGAAGCCAGCGGAACUCAUUUCAACAUCAACUACUGAGCUCAACCUGAAAAACAUCGCUCGGGGCUUGCUUGGCUCAAGUCCCAUUCUCCUCACGGGCAUGGCUGGUUCUGGGAAGACGCUUCUCACGCGCCACUUUGCGUGGCAGCUGAACAAGCUGGAAUCAAUGGUGACGCUUCAUCUCAAUGAGCAGAGUGACGCGAAGCUAUUAGUUGGCAUGUACGCGACCGGCGCAAAACCUGGAACGUUCAGUUGGCGACCUGGUGUCCUCACCACUGCAGUCAAGGAAGGUAGAUGGGUAUUUAUCGAGGACCUCGAUCGAGCGCCGAAUGAGGUUGUCAGCACUCUUCUACCUCUAAUUGAGCGAGGAGAGCUGCACAUACCCAGCAGAGGCGAGACCAUCCGAGCUGCAAGGGGUUUCCGGAUUAUCGCCACAAUGCGAAGUACCCUCAAUCCACGAGGGCAAGAAAUCAUGCCUCGUCAAAGCAUGAUCGGCCACCGCUUCUGGAACUCGAUAACCGUCCGAAUGCCGGAGCUCGGUGAAUUUGAGCAGAUAGUGUCAGCCAAAUAUCCGACGCUGCGAAAACACGUCCCGGGAAUCAUGCGGGUUUACGCUCGUCUUCUGGGCUUAUAUUCUGAUGCCAAGUUUUCGUCCGAGAACGGCACCUCUCUACGCGCGCUUACGCCUCGGGAUCUACUGAAAUGGUGCGACAGAAUUACAGUCCUACUUGGACAAACCUCUUCAUUCAGCACAGCGAAUAUGGACGAUAUUUUCAUGGAAGCUUUUGACUGCUUCGCAGGCAGUCUGCGAAGCGAGCAAGCUCGGGCAAGAGUCAUGGAUUACGUUGCGGAAGAGCUCCAUGUCGACCCUCAGCGACGUUACCAUUUACUCCAGAGCCGGGAGGUAAGGCUAGAAGUACCGUCCAAGAGCACAUCUUCUGGUACUAUCCGCAUCGGACGAGUCCGGCUGGCAAGGCACAAGUCCUCCAAGCGGCUCGUGUCUAGUAGGCCCUUCUCUACGAAUGACUACACCCUGCGACUGCUCGAGAAAGUUGCAGUAGCUGUAGACCGGCAGGAACCUCUCCUCCUCGUUGGCGAGACCGGUACCGGCAAGACGACGUGUAUUCAGUAUCUCGCAGAACAGCUUGGGAGAAAACUGGUGGCCUUCAACCUGUCCCAGCAGAGCGAGAGUGGUGACUUGCUAGGAGGCUACAAGCCAGUCAACGUGCGCAGCUUGGUCAUCCCGCUCAAGGACGAGUUCGACGAUCUCUUCGAUUCCACGUUUUCCAGAAAGAAGAAUCAACGUUUCAUUGAGAUGCUAGGAAAGCGGGUCGCGAAAGGGGAGUGGAAGCGCGUAUGCAUGCUGUGGCGCGAAGCACUCAAGAUGGUUGAUGCCGCACGCAAGGCACACGAAUCACGGAGCUCGUCUCCGGAUCCCGAUGGUGGCCAGCCCAAGAAGAAGCGUAAAGUCGACUCGCUUCCCACCAACUUUCCUAAGGCUCGUUGGGAGAAGUUCGCGACCGACUUGCACGAUCUUGAGGCCCAGCUUGCAAAUGGCUCAGAAGCAUUUGCCUUCUCUUUCCUCGAGGGUAAUAUCGUCAAAGCCGUUAGAAACGGUGACUGGGUGCUGUUGGACGAGAUCAAUCUGGCCUCAUCAGAUACUCUUGAAGCCCUCGCAGACCUCCUUAGCGGCGGAGCAGACGGUACACCGUUCAUCUUGCUUACGGAAACUGGGAACGUGGAGCGUAUCGUGGCCCACCCUAACUUUAGAGUCUUCGCCGCGAUGAACCCUGCGACCGAUGUCGGGAAGAAAGAUCUUCCUCCAGGGAUUCGAUCAAGGUUCAGCGAGCUUUACGUCGAGAGCCCGGAUAGCGACAGGAAGAGUCUACAGAACAUCGUCGAAAAGUACUUAGGGGGAGAGACCAGGGACCCGACCAUCGUGAAAGUGGCUGCAGAUGUCACCAAGCUCUACCUGAAGAUCCAGGAGCUGGCGAAGGCGAACAUGCUCGUCGACGGCGCAGAUCAGAAGGCACAUUUCAGCUUAAGGACCUUGACAAGAACUCUCACGUACGCUAGGGAGAUUGCGCCUUUAUGCUCCUCACGGCGCGCACUAUACGAAGGCUUCCAUAUGAGCUUCCUAACUUUUCUCGGAAAGUCGUCAGAGGAUCUAGUCGCACCCCUCAUCAAAGAGUACCUAUUCCGUGAGAAGUCGGUUCUUAAAGCGGAGCUGGGCAAAUCCCUCCUUCAGCCAAGCGAUGGGCGAAGCUACGUCCGACAAGGCCAUUACUGGCUACGACAAGGUGCUUUUCCGGUUGAAGAGCAGCCUCAUUACAUCAUCACACCAUUCGUCCAGCGGAACAUGAACAACUUGAUCCGUGCUGCUUCCACUCGCCGGUAUCCAGUUCUCGUUCAGGGUCCAACUUCAUCCGGUAAGACAAGCAUGAUCGAGUAUCUUGCCAAACGUUCAGGCAAUAAGUUCGUCCGCAUCAACAACCACGAACACACAGAUCUCCAAGAAUACCUGGGCUCCUACAUCUCUGGCGCCGACGGGAAGCUCACAUUUCAGGAGGGCAUCCUAGUUCGAGCACUUCGAGAAGGUCACUGGAUCGUCCUAGAUGAACUGAAUCUAGCGCCCACAGACGUCUUGGAAGCGCUGAAUCGACUUCUGGAUGACAAUCGAGAACUCUUAAUUCCGGAGACGCAGGAGGUUGUACGACCACAUGACGAUUUCAUGCUGUUUGCAACACAGAAUCCAGCUGGUCUAUAUGGAGGCCGAAAGGUGUUAUCACGCGCGUUCCGAAAUCGGUUCCUCGAGCUUCACUUCGAUGACAUUCCAGUUGAUGAGCUGACAGAGAUCCUGCACCGCCGCACCAUGAUACCAGAAUCAUGGUGCAAGAGGAUCGUUAGCGUCUACCAGGAGCUCUCUACACUUCGACAGGAGAACCGGCUUUUCGAGCAGAAGAGCUUUGCAACGCUGCGAGAUCUCUUUCGCUGGGCGCAACGAAAGGCGGACACAAUCCAAGACCUGGCGAAUAACGGCUACAUGCUGCUUGCUGAACGAGUACGCAAGGAAGAGGAGCGAGUGGCAGUAAAGAAAAUCAUCGAAACCGUCAUGAGCAGAAAGGGACCUCGUGUUGCCGUCGAUGAAGAGCGAAUGUACAGCGAGGACACAUCGCCGGAGAUCAAGCUAUGCAAAGAUAAGGAUGGCGCAGGUGGUGGCGUGGUCUGGACGAAGGCUAUGCGUAGACUUUUCGUUCUAGUCGCCCACGCCAUUCGCAAUGACGAGCCCGCCCUAUUGGUUGGAGAAACCGGAUGCGGCAAGACCACUGUUUGCCAGAUGCUCGCCGAGGCUUUUGAGAAGCAAUUGCACACCCUCAACGCUCAUCAGAAUACGGAGACUGGCGACUUGAUAGGCGCACAGAGACCGAUAAGAAACAGGGCGGCUAUCGAAGAACUCCUUUGUCGACAACUCAUAGCCGUCCUAGGAAAUUUUCCUAGCGAUAUCGAUCUUUCGACUCUCGAGCUAUCGCAGUUGCUUGAGAUGUACGACAAGCUCGAUCCAGCGGCGCGCGACUCCAUUCCCCUUGCUCAUCGUGAAGAGAUUCAAGCGAAUCGAAUCAACGCUGCGGCCCUAUUCGAAUGGGCAGACGGAAGCUUGGUGCACGCCAUGAAGUCCGGCCAAUUCUUUCUUCUGGAUGAGAUAUCUCUCGCAGACGACUCUGUACUAGAACGCCUCAAUAGCGUACUCGAGCCGUCUCGGACACUACUACUUGCGGAGAAGGGACCGACGGACUCUCUAGUCGUCGCUACGGAGGGCUUUCAAUUCCUCGCCACAAUGAACCCUGGCGGUGACUACGGAAAGAAGGAACUUUCGCCGGCUCUUCGCAACCGCUUUACUGAGAUCUGGGUUCCGGCUUUGUCCGACGUAGAAGACAUCAUGCAGAUCGUGCGAGCGAAGCUGAAGCCAUCCGCCGCGCAGUAUGCCGAUCGCAUCGUGUCCUUCGCGCAAUGGUUCAACGAAAAGUAUAAUACCUCGGUCGCAUCUUCUAUUUCCAUUCGAGACACUCUUUCCUGGGUCACCUUCAUCGAUAGCUCAUCAAACGAUGAUGCUAUCUUUAGCAUUGUGCAUGGCGCCGCGAUGGUCUACAUCGACACGCUUGGUGCGAACCCAGCGGGGUUGCUCGCCAUCUCUCCUACCUCCAUUGAUGAAGAACGCAGGGCAUGCCUACAUCACCUCAGCAAAUUGCUCGGCGCAGAUGUCGGCCCGUUAUACUUUGGCGAUAUCCAGGUGCUCUCUGCCGCCGACUCCCUUCAGCUUGGAGCAUUCUCAGUACCCAGGGUGUCUCAUAUCACUACUAGCGAUGUCAGCUUUUCGCUUGACGCUCCAACGACCCGCUCGAAUGCAAUGAGAGUUGUUCGGGCAUUGCAACUCCCAAAGCCCAUUCUGCUCGAGGGAAAUCCUGGAGUCGGCAAGACCACGCUCGUCACGGCUCUGGCACGCGCUAUCGGCAAGCCUCUCACGAGGCUCAAUCUCUCCGAGCAGACCGAUCUUAUGGACCUCUUCGGCUCGGAUGUCCCAGUCGAGGGUGGACAAGCUGGCACCUUUGCUUGGCGAGACGCGCCAUUCCUCAAGGCAAUGAAAAAGGGUGACUGGGUCUUGCUAGACGAGAUGAACUUGGCGUCUCAGUCGGUCCUAGAAGGACUCAACGCAGUGCUCGAUCAUCGUGGCGAAGUCUUCAUAUCGGAGCUUGACCAGACGUUUCACAAGCACCCAGACUUCCGGGUCUUCGCAGCUCAAAAUCCACACCAUCAAGGUGGUGGGCGCAAAGGCCUGCCGGCGUCGUUCGUCAAUCGAUUCACCGUCGUCUAUGCCGACGUCUUCCGCCCGGACGACCUCUCACUCAUCUGCUCCAAAGUCUUUCCCGGCAUUGAUCAAGAGGAAGUCAAGAAGUUGAUAUCCUUCGUUGCCCGACUCGAUGACCAGGUUGUAAAUCGCCACGCUUUUGGAGCCCUAGGUACGCCAUGGGAGUUCAAUCUACGAGAUACUUUACGCUGGCUUGACCUGCUUGCCUCCAGGACCGUCAUGGGAUCCGCCCGGGAUUUCCUCGAUCCGAUCUUUGUCCAGCGUUUCCGCACGGAGGGUGAUCGUGCCCACCUGCUCAAGCUCUUCGAGAGUGUCUAUGGUGUCUAUGAACCUCGGAUGACUCUCUACCACAACUUGACUCCUAAGGUGUUGCAAGUUGGCUUUAGCGUUCUCUCGAGAGAUGUGGUGGUCACGGGACCAGAUCCCGUUUUCCACCUGCGAAUACCCCAACUAGCGCCCACCGAAGCGCUCAUGGUCAGCGUGCGUCAGAACUGGCCUGUCAUACUGGUCGGACCUCCCGGCUCUGGAAAGACCACGAUUGUUAACCAACUAGCAUCAUUCGUGGGGGCGAGCCUGGUCACGUUCUCCAUGAAUGCGGAUAUUGAUGCCAUGGACCUUGUUGGAGGCUAUGAGCAAGUUGACCCUUCCCGGGAAUUGCAUCGUUUAUUAGAGAGGCUCGAUGUCUUUGCUCGACAGAGCCUUGCAUCCGAUGAGAGGCCAUCACAAGCAUGUAUCGAAUUGCUGAUGCUUCUCAAUGAGCGGUCGGACAAUUAUAUCCCGGAUAUCCUUCCUCUUCUUGAGACGAUAGCCCGAGAGAGCAGUUCCGCACAGGCAGCCGAACUCGCACAGAACCUCCAGCUCCUUCUUCAGGUACCCCAACAGAUCGAUGGAGCCCGCUUCCAAUGGGUCGAUGGCAUUCUCAUCCGAGCUCUCGAGCAGGGUAAAUGGCUCGUACUCGAUAAUGCGAACCUCUGCAGCAGUGCUGUACUUGACCGCCUUAACUCGCUACUUGAACCCAAUGGAUAUUUCAGCAUCAACGAGCAUUCGACUGCUAACGGCGAAGCCCAGAUCGUCAAGCCUCACCCAAAUUUCCGGAUCUUCAUGACCGUAGAUCCGAGGUUUGGAGAGCUGUCACGAGCGAUGAGGAAUCGCUCCGUUGAGAUCUGUCUUCUACGUAGUGCUGAGGAUGUUAGUGAAUUGGGAACACAAUUACCGGUCUAUCCAUUGGAGUCACAAAUGUAUCGCUUCCGACAUCUUUGCGACAGCGACGAAGGCUUGCUAGAUACCAUCGUUCUGCGGACAGAGAACCUCUCGACAGCAGACAAUGAUUUACUGGACAGCUUUGCGAACCAGGCCUCGAGUGGGCUCAUCCAAUCGCAGUCAGCGAGGAUGGCGAAUGGCACCCUAACCCCCCCUCGAACGUUGAUGGCGCAGAUCAGCGGUUACAGUCUACAGCCCGAAAAUACUGCUGCCAAGUACACCCGGCUCUCAAAGUUCCUCCUCCAGACUUGGGGACCUCAGCCGCUUGACCUUCAGGAUCAACUCCAUGCUGCGUCGGGUGGUUUCUUAGACGGCGUCAUCGAGAGCUUGCCAUACCACCCGUUCAAUAAUGAGAUCUGCCUCCGUCGUAGCGACUCAUCGAAUGCCCUUUGCGUCUGGUACGCUUCACUGUACGAUGUAAUGUUGGACUUGUACAGUAUGCAGCAGGCUUUUGAUGCGCUCCCCUCCACCAAGUUCGAGCGUCGCAAGGAGAAACAGAAGCUUCCGGCUUUCCUGUACGCGCUCUGGCAAGGCUUGGCCAAAUACAUGGAAGCGAUAAUCCAAGCUCACGACAGCGCCGUCCAAGGAGCUUUCUUGAAAUCACUACGGCGACUCUUCUGGGCCUUCUUUGAGUUGGCGACAGGAUCCAGCUUUGACCGAGCGACAUUCCAAACGUACCUAAAAAUGUUGGAUGCUUGCAUCUCGCCGAGCACUAACCUGCCUACUUCAGCCAUAAAGAGCCUAACGACCAGUCUAUCCAAAGAGAUCGCUACUUUUGGAUCGGAAGUUCACCUAACGACAGGUCUCGGGAUGGAGCGUAUCUGGCGCUAUUUCAAGCCGGACACACCAAAGAGCCAGAAGCAGCUAUCAGCAAUUGUAGCUCUAGAGAACCUUGCUGACCGACUUGAUUCCGUGAUGUGGAAGUCGAAGUUGAAGGUCGACGAGAUGGUCCAGAUCAGGGAGAGGUUUUCCUCCUCUCUGGAACUCGCUAGAAAGCAGGAUGUCGAGGCUGGUGAGCUAAUCACCAGCCUUGAAAUCGCUGUGCGGGAGCUCGAAGACAGCAUCGGUGAGGAAGAUACUGCAAUUACUCCCUAUUUCGAGGAUGAGUUCGAGGGCUUGUGUCAAUUUCUGGACAUUGCGAAAAGCCAUAUCCCGCCACGCGAUCCCCGCUUCGUCCCACCAGCUCCCAUUGUCCCACUAGUGCGUGCCAGGUCAUCCUUACUUGCUCAGAGAUCGACCAAAGCGCCACCGCUCGAGGGAACGGAUUCUGCAUCGGAAUAUUUUACAAAACUGUAUCGUCAUGCCGGCCUUGAGAAGCCGACAGGUCAUGAGAUGACUCUCCGUGGACGUUUCCACACCACACUGUUAUCGAAACUAUGCAACGCGGAUGAGGUCCAACUAGCACAGCUCGAUCGCUUCGAAGUAGAGCUGCAAGUCCUUUCACAGGAACUAACUCUUGACUCGGAGCGCGUCACGCAGAAUCAAUAUGAUGCGCUCCCCGACAUUUAUCGCGCUUUGCUUGCGCAUCUGAACGCUUCUCAUUACGACAUCAUCUCCGGGAUACCAAGCGAAGAUCUGGUUCAACUCGAUUCAGAAGCACGCAUAUCAGAUCGAUACCGCCAAGCUCUCGAAGAAUCCUUCAAGCGAUGCUUCAAAUAUCUCAGCCACUUCCAUCAAGUCGACUCCCAAGCAUGGGUCAACCUAGGUUUAACGGGCUUAACGCUAUACGUUCCGAACUAUCCUCAUGAUCCCGCGCUUCAGCCGAUGAUUGAACGGAUGCUCUUCAACAAGGAGAAGUCAAGUCUCAUCUCGAAAUUGCAAUCUUUACUUCGGUUUCAGUUGAACUUCACGGGCCAGGAUAGCAGUUUCCGUAUUCGCAAGACCGAGCAAGCUCUUCAUGAAAUGGGCGAUGAGCCCCCGGUUCCUGCAAUAGUGCGACCGAACGUAUCGGACUUGGAUGCUCUCCAGGGAGAGUUCGCCAACCUCUUGAGUAUUAUCCAGCCUUUAACUUCGGGUUCCAUGACAGUCCAAGAAGCAUCACGAGACAACACACUUCGACAAAAUAUCUUACGGAUUAUCCGAAGGCUUGUCGAGGGCUACCGCAGCUAUGACGACAUCACUGGGCCUGCCGUCGGAUUCUUGGUGUGUCUCAACAUUGGUCUGACGCUUGGUGCCCAAGAGCAAGAGGGCGACAGCGCCGCCAGCAGGAGCUUGAAGUACAUCACUCGUCAGAGCCCAUUCUUCGGUCUGCAUGAAUGGUAUAGUACGCCGAACUCGGAAGUGCUACUCCAGUUCUGUGAACGAGAGCUUGCUCAAAAGCAUCAUGCGGUGGAUCUGCGAUGGCACGCUCUGCACUGUCUUGCAGUCAUCAAGACAGUUGAUCCCGCCUAUAUGACUAGGCAGAGGACUCGCGAGCUCAUCCACAACAUAUUCUCAUCGUUCUACAGUGAGUGGAAGACGAAGCUUGGCCAGGAUCAAGAGAACGAGGCCAAGAAUUCCAGCCUGUAUACGUACCGAGGCGAGGAGGAAAACGCAGAUGAGGAUGAUCCUGAGCUCUUCCCGGACUAUGAAAAGGACGAAGAACCUCAACCGACCGUCUCAUCAACAUCUCGCGAGCACGCUAUCCAGCUAGCCAAUAUGCAUGGUUUAAUCGUUCUCGGCGGCAGCACUGCAUCGAAUGGGGUAAAGGCUCUGCUCGAAUGGUGUGCACAGGAGAUGAACCGCGUUUCUGGAGGCGAAGCCCACGGCACUCGACAUGAGAGCGCUCUACCUGCAAUGUAUCUCGCACUGGAGAAGAAAGCAGAUGCCUUGGCCUCGUCCGGCACGGGAAAGAGUUAUAACUUCUACUUCGACGCGAAUCUACCGGAAGCCAAGCGCUUGGUAAACCUCGUCCAUCGCAUUCAACAUCGAUAUAGGCAAAUUCGCAAAGUUUGGCCCGAGCACGCAACGUUGUGGGAUGUGCUCCGUACCUGCGACGAAGCGCUUGAGUUCCGUCAUGUUGAGCCCGUUGCAAAGUUGAUCACGAAGGCAGAAAAGCUUCACUCUUAUAUGUACGAAUGGGAACGGGUGGCCAGUCGGGAGUUCAGCACAGCGAAUCUGUACGAUGAUCUCACGAAGUUGCUGGUUAGCUGGCGGCAGCUGGAGCUCACGACAUGGGCUCGUCUCUUCGACAUGGAGAUCGAGAAGUGUCGUGAUAACGCUAAAAGCUGGUUCUUCGUCGCCCACGAAACGAUUAUCGCUGCAUCAGAGUCGAUCAACGAUGAGAAGGCCAUGAGAUUGCAUGCUAGGGAACUCCUCAAGACUUUGGAAAGCUUCUUCACCGGUACAACUCUGGGCCAGUAUGAGCAACGCAUCACACUCCUCCGCCAAUUCCAGAAGCACGUCGCUAUGCGCAUGAACGACUACACUUCUUUCAGCCCCGUUCAUAUCGCCCUCAGCAACUUCAUUGCGUAUUUUUCGCGCUUACAGCAGCCUGUCCACGAAGCUCUCGCCAAAGGACGACAGGCACUCGAAAAAGAAGUCAACAACGUCAUCAAGCUGGCUAGCUGGAAAGACACGAACAUUGAGGCGUUGAAGCAGAGUGCGAAGACUUCGCAUCGCAAGCUCUCGAAACUGGUGCGGAAGUUCCGGGCCCUGCUCAAUCAGCCUGUGUCUGGGAUCAUCAAGACUGGAUUUCCCGAAGAAGGCAUUCUCGUUCGGACCGUGCAAAUGGAAGAGGUAUCUACAAGCGUGGCGCCGAGCGCGCUUGGACAUUGCGCGGUAACUAUCCCAGGAUGGACCCAGCGGCCAAGCCGGUUCAAGAACCUUCCCGUUACUGUGUCGAUGAUGCGCAAGACCUCCACGCCCAACGCGGAAAGCUUAGACGGGGCGGCAUAUAUCGACAGCUUCAUCACAGACCUAGAGGCUUCGAUGACCCAGUUGCAGAAAGCUACCCCUGCUGCGCUCACGGAGGAGAAUAAAGAGACAGUACAACAUCUCAAGGCGAGGAAGCGCAAGCUCUACGCCGAUACGAUGAAGGAACUCCGCCAGAUGGGCAUCAAUUCGAACCUCAGCAGCGAUGUGCUUGCAAAGCAAGAUGAGCUCUCAACCGUUCUUGCUGGCCUUCCGCUUGUCGCCACGGAAACUAAUGAUUGCGCUAAAGGAGCCGACUACUUCUUGCACAAGGUUCUUAGCAUCAUGGCGCAGGUCCGGGAUGUUGCUAGGGAGCACUCCGGCGACCUCACGAGCAACGAUGUCGCACGAAGCAUUGGAUACCUCGAAGGCUUGCUGCAUGUCACUCUUCGCCAGCGAAGUGUGCUGAGCAAGGCCGCUCGAGCUUUGGAAGACGCACAGUUUCCGACGUCAAAGAUCGCAGCUCUCUGUGUUGUCACUACCGGUGCGGUUACGAGAGUUUCCCACAGCCAGCUCGAAGUAACUGCCAGCUUACGACCUAGUAUCUUAUGGCUCUGCACAAUGCUCGACAGGGGCGCUGAUGUUGUCGCCGCGCAGGCAAAAAUGGGCCAAACGAACGAAGUCGAUGCCGUGAUUCAGGGCAUGCGGCAGUGGAGUUCCCGACUUCAAGAAUCAGUAGAUGCUUUCGACAAAUUGCCUACUCUACCAACCAACGUCUGGUCCAAGAAUCACAAGCAACUCAACGAUGUGAUCAAGAAUCAGCUGUCCGAUUUCAGAGGCGCGUUCAACGCUUUGUCCGAACGCUUCCCGAUAUCGAGAACUGUGCUCAGGCAUAUCCAGCCGUUCGUCUUCGACUACCCGCCCGUUAAGGCUGUCGAAUUCUCGGAAGAUUUGCGCAUUACGGUGCAGACGCACGCGAAGGAGAUCUUCGCAGCGCUGGAUCUGAUCCUCGGUUGCCUGCAAGAUGUUGAGACUGCUUUGACGGCUCUUCCGAACUCAAUAGACGAUUCGGCGUGGUUCAUCAAGGAAGAGCAGGCGCUCUGUGGCGCCAUCGACGCUUUGCACGCGUCGCGUGUGUCUCGAGCUCUCGAUACGGUUCUGAAUCGAAUGCAUGGCUUAUAUGAAGACGAGAACCUCCAAGCUAUUGCCUGCUUAUUUACAGCGGUGCGACCAAUUCUGGAUCAGUACGUUGCGUCGCACAAGUUUCUUGUCGAGCGAUUCGAUGCACUCCACUGUGCAACUGCCAAACUACUACACCGGCUCUCAAAAUCGUUCAUCCAGGUCGGCACUCAAGGAUUCUGUCAACCUCCCGAGAAGUCUGCCGACCAACAGCCCGGCAAAGACGACAAGCUAGAGCCUGGUACAGGCCUCGGUGAAGGCGAAGGCGCUGAAGACAUCUCGAAAGACAUCGAAGAUGACGAAGACCUUGAAGACUUGGCACAGGAGAAGGGUGGUGAGCGCGAGGGCAGCAUUGAAGAGGAAGAUGAUGCUGUUGAUAUGGGCGAGCAGGAGAUGGAAGGCGAGACUGGCGAGGCUGCUGAGAAGGAAGAUCUGGGCAGCGAAGCUGAGGAAGGUGACGAGGAUGUUCAGAGUGAAGUCGGAAGUGUCGAUGAUCUAGGUCCAAGCGCAGUAGACGAGAAGAUGUGGGAUGAAGGUGGGAAAGAGGACGACCUGAAGGACAAAGAUGCAAAGCAGGAUGUUGGCACUGAAAACAAGGACGAGCAGGUCGCUGCCGAGCAAAAGGAGAAGAGUGGAGAGGACGGUGAAAAAGAAGAAAACGAUAUGCGUGAGGACGAGGAAAUGGAGAUGGAGGGCGAAGACCAGGAGGAGAACGUGGGCGUGGGUGAGACUGAGCAAAUGGAUCCACAUGCCAAAGAGGAAGAGAAGCUCGACCUGCCUGAAGAACUCAACAUGGACGGCAACGAGGACGAGAAAGAGGAUGAUGAUCUCGGCGACAUGGAUAUGGGUGACGAUCUUGGCGAUGAGGAAAUGGAUCCUGAGAUCGGAGCGGAGCCUGACAUCGUGGACGACGAAAUUGGUCCCCAGCAAGAGGAUGCGGAGCAAAAGGACUCCGAAGAGGACAGGGAGAUGGAGCAGGACGAGGAAGGUGAGGAGCCUGUUGAUGACGACGCCAUUCCGUUGCCAGACCAGAACGCUCCAGAGGACGAAUCUCGCGAUGCCCGGAACAAUGAGGAUACGGAUCCGAACGCUGAAGCUGGAGCGGGUGCCGAAGCCAACGAAGAGGCUCACAGGAAUCAAAAAGAAGAGGCAUCUGCUAACGCGGCAAACCGUGAAGAUGGCACAAAAGGAGAGUCGUCCGAGAAUGUGCAAGAAACGACUGCCGAGGAUGGCACUCUUGGUCAAACCAGCAGACCUGACGCCGGGGGCCACGGCGAACAGCCGGAAGAGUCUCCCGAGACCCAGUUGUUCAAGAAGCUUGGAGAUGUUCUGGAACGAUGGUACAACCAACAGAAGCAGAUCUCAGGCGCACGGCAGAGGGAUGAGACUCAGGUUCAGCAAAUUGACAAGGAGGUCGACAUGGCCGAUGCUGACUUUGAGCAUGUUCCGGAUGAGGAGACGCAGGCUGAUACGCAAGCUUUGGGCACGGCAACGGAAGAGCAAGCUAGAGCCUUGGAUCAAGACAUGGCCAUGGCUGUGGACGAGGAAGAAAAGGUGCCUGCUCGUCCCGAGGACAAAGAUGAAGAGCUACAGAAGGGCCAACAAGAUGUCGAGAUGGAAGACGCUGCACCAAAGCAAGACCAGGAAAAACAGCAGCAGCAGCAAUCUACCACUGACGGCCAACCACAAGCCUUCAUCGGCGAGCAGAAGUCAUUCGCCCAUCCAGAAGACCAGGAUAUGGAAGACUCGAUGCCCUUAGAUGAGGAGCUGUCAGAGACCUUAUCCGUCGACGAUGUCGAAACAAAGCUCGAGCUUACCCACCUCGAUCCCUCCACCCCCAUCUCGCCCGAAGAUGCCCGCGCCCUCUGGCUCAGCCAUGAAGCAGCCACACACUCCCUCUCCCAACAACUAACCGAACACCUCCGCCUGAUUCUCGCCCCCACCCUCGCCACCAAGCUCCGCGGCGACUUCCGCACCGGCAAGCGCCUCAACCUCAAGCGCAUAAUCCCCUACAUCGCCUCCGGCUACAAGCGUGACAAGAUCUGGCUCCGCCGCUCGCAGCCCAGCAAACGCAGCUACCAGGUCAUGAUCGCCCUCGACGACUCGAAGUCCAUGUCCGAAUCCGGCGCUUCGAAUCUCGCGCUCAAGACGCUGACGCUUGUUACACGCUCGCUUGCUAUGCUGGAGGUUGGCGAGGUAGCGGUUGUGGGCUUCGGCGAUGAAGUCAAUGUCGCACAUGAGUUCGAUAAGCCGUUUACGAGUGAGGCGGGCGUGAGGGUGUUCGAGCAGUUCGGCUUCGAGGCGAGCAAGACAGAUGUGCGUGGCUUGGUAGAGAGGAGUCUAGAUUUGUUCGCCGAGGCAAGGCGCAAGGGGAGUAGCGCCGCGGGCGAGGAUCUCUGGCAGUUGAUGCUGAUUGUCAGCGAUGGGAUCUGCGACUCGCAUGCGGAGAUUCAGAGGCUUGUGCGGAGAGCGCAGGAGGAGCGCGUUAUGAUCGUGUUCAUCAUUAUCGACUCGUCGGGACCGCCGUCGGCGCAGCCCGCUCCUUCUAUGCACCCUGCCACGGCGGCAGAGGGCCCUGUGGCGCCACAGAAGGAGAAGGAGAAACAGAAGACGAGUAUCCUGGAUCUGCAGAGUGUGGAGAUUUCGCCGGAGGGCAAGGUCGUUAGGUGGAAGUAUAUGGAGAGGUUUCCGUUUCGGUAUUAUCUUGUGGUGCGGGACGUUAGAGAGUUGCCGGGCGUGUUGGCGGGGGCUUUGAGGCAGUGGUUUGGGGAGGUAGCGGGCAGUGCGUAGGCCUUUUGUUUGGUAUGGUUUUGUGAAUGGCGUUCUGGGGAGUAGUGUGCCUUCGCGUUCGGGCUUCUAUUUGGGGUAGAGAGGGAACAAGAGUUAUCAUUGUUCCAGUGUUGAACAGUUGAACGUGAUUGCCUUGCUCGUGGUCUAGAAUGGUGGAUUGGGAUACGGCUUCCAGGACGGGUUCGGAGGUGUAUGGGCUCACCGAUCACGUCG